GAAAGCUGAACUCCUGCCACCUCCGCCACCGGAAAUCGGGUUGCGGUGACCGAAACGCGAGGGCUCCUGUCACCGUCUCGCCGAAGGCCGUUUCCGACUCUCGGAAUUCGCAGACGUGCCUUGAUCCGGAUACAAGCACGAAUUUGAAAUCUGAGGGAUUUUGAAAAUGGCCGCAAGUUGGAACGCAACUGUCAAAAGACUAUGCGAAAAGUAUAUUCCUCGCUUGGAUGGAGGAUUUUAUGUUCGAACUGAAUACUGGCGAGAAAAUUUGAUUUGACGUAUCUAGAAUUGAUUUGACUUAUCCAGGAUUAAACCCAAAUCUGGUUCGCAAGUGUUCAUGUAUGUACUUGCAUCUAACGUGCUCGUAGUUGGUCGUGCGAGUUGUUUGCAGAGCGUACUUGGAAUUAUAUUGGGGGGAGGAGCUGGGACUCGUCUUUACCCACUCACUAAGAAGAGAGCAAAGCCUGCCGUUCCACUCGGAGCCAACUAUAGGCUGAUUGAUAUUCCAGUUAGUAACUGCCUGAAUAGUAACAUAUCAAAGAUCUAUGUUCUAACACAAUUCAAUUCGGCAUCCUUAAACCGGCAUCUCUCCAGGGCAUACGGUAGCAACAUCGGUGGCUACAAGAGAGAAGGAUUUGUUGAAGUGCUCGCUGCCCAACAAAGCCCUGAGAAUCCUAAUUGGUUCCAGGGAACAGCUGAUGCUGUCAGGCAAUAUUUGUGGCUCUUUGAGGAGAACGAUGUCAUGGAGUUUUUGGUCCUUGCUGGGGAUCAUCUGUAUCGAAUGGACUAUGAAAGGUUCAUUCAGGCCCACAGAGAAACUGACGCAGAUAUUACCGUUGCUGCACUACCUAUGGAUGAGGAGCGUGCUACUGCAUUUGGCCUAAUGAAGAUUAAUGAAGAAGGUCGAAUUAUUGAAUUUGCUGAGAAGCCAAAAGGAGAACAAUUGAAGGCCAUGAAGGUUGACACCACCAUCUUAGGGCUUGAUGAUGAAAGAGCAAAGGAGCUACCUUAUAUUGCAAGCAUGGGCAUUUAUGUUGUGAGCAAAAAUGUCAUGUUACAUCUAUUGCGUGACAAGUUCCCAGCUGCAAAUGACUUUGGAAGUGAAGUCAUUCCUGGUGCUACUUCUAUUGGAAUGAGGGUGCAAGCUUAUUUAUAUGAUGGAUACUGGGAAGACAUUGGCACGAUUGAAGCUUUCUAUAAUGCAAAUUUGGGCAUCACAAAAAAACCUGUACCUGACUUCAGCUUUUAUGAUCGUUCUUCUCCCAUCUAUACCCAACCUCGAUAUUUACCUCCUUCAAAGAUGUUGGAUGCUGAUGUCACUGAUAGUGUUAUUGGUGAAGGCUGUGUGAUUAAAAACUGUAAAAUCCAUCACUCUGUUAUCGGGCUCCGCUCUUGUAUCUCAGAAGGUGCAAUCUUGGAAGAUACACUUCUUAUGGGAGCAGACUACUAUGAGACCGAUGCUGACAAGGGGGCUCUGACUGCAAAAGGAAGUAUCCCAAUUGGAAUUGGCAAAAACACUCAUAUUAGAAGAGCAAUCAUUGACAAGAAUGCUCGUAUCGGGGACAAUGUGAAGAUCAUCAACCAAGACAAUGUGCAAGAAGCAGCAAGGGAGACAGAUGGUUACUUCAUCAAGAGUGGCAUCGUCACAGUGAUCAAAGAUGCUCUUAUCCCCAGUGGCACUGUCAUCUAAAUCCUUCUAUCAGUGUGUCUAUUCGCCUGUGGCUCUGGCAUCCUGCCCCUUGUUAUAUGUCUGUAUAUUUUCUUGUGAUAAGUUGCUGCAGGUGAAAAGAUCAUAGCUGUCAAGGCAGCUAGCAUUUCUGUUCCGUUCAUGCACACAAUGCACACUUGGUUCGGGAAUGACCAACAUCUCUUAUGUC